CAUCAUUAUACCUCUAGUAUCGUGGAAAAAGACGGACGUCUUUUAUUAGUUGAUUCAACAAUUGUAGUUGCUGUGACAUUUUAAUUUUUUAAAACUCAAAUAAGACUGAAAGUGUCUUUAAUUAAAUAAAUCUUCUAAAAAUGUUUAAAAUAUUGUGUUUUUUUUGUUUUUUAUUAUUUGUCAUUUCAGAAUCUGUUGGAAAACCAAUGAUUUACAAACGUAAUCAGGAUAAUAUUUUUGAACCUGUCAUGGUUCCUGUAUCAUCUACGGUGAUUCCAUUACCAGCUUAUAAAGACAAAUAUAAAUAUGGUUUUACUUCAAAUGAUAAAAAGGAUUAUACAACAUACAAUUCCGAAGGACGUAUUAAGUUAAUCACAGCAAAAAAACGAAUCGAUAAGAUUUAAAAUUUUUUUUAUUAUUCUUGGAAAAGAAGAACAAGUUCUUUUUAAUAUUAUCAAGUUUAACAUAAAUCUUUAUGAUCAAGUACAAAAAGCUUUGAACCAAAAAAAAAAAA